CUUUCAGAAAAUUUCCAUUUGCCAAUUUGUCGGGAAUUUUUAACAUGUCUGAUUAUUUAAGCAUUUUGUUGGUAAAGUAAUUUUGUGCAGUUGCAACACCAAUUUUUGCUGAAAAAAGUUCGUGAUUGACUGUCGCUCGCUUGAUACACGGGAUUUUAUUUUAUUCAAUUCAUUAUUUUUGAAUGAAAUGAUGAAAUCCUUAGUAAUAUGUGUACCACACGGGAGCCGGAGCAGCUAAUCUAAACUCUCCCUACACAAAUGGCUUCAGAGCCGUUAAUACCCGGGAAGCACUCGAAAUAUAAAUCGUACAGAAAAAUUCUGUAUCAUAGAUUUUUUGUGGGGCUACUUGUGUUUAUAAUAGUAUCGUUGUUGAUAAGUGUGUUAUUUAAUGUGUUCUCCGGGAGUUCUCCGCGUAAGGAUUAUCAUGAGCCUGUGAAAUUAAGCAUGCAUGGUGCUCCAAGGGUUACUUUGAAGAGUGACUCUGUGAAAGCUGCCAGUCGCAUCAAUGACUGUACAUACUGGUACUGUUUCGACGUGUACAGAUGUGGGAGACACCACAACAAGCUCAGCAUCUACAUCUACCCCCUGACGAGAUAUGUGACUGAAGAUGGGACUUCUAUAUCAAAGUUUUCUAGAGAGUUUUACUUAAUUUUAGAUGCAAUUAGACAUAGUAAAUAUUAUACGCCGAAUCCUGAAGAGGCGUGCUUGCUAGUACCUAGUAUAGACACAUUGAAUCAAAAUUCAUUUUCAUCAAAACAUGUGGCACAGGCUUUACAAAGUUUGCCAUACUGGAAUAAUGGGGAGAACCACCUCAUAUUCAACCUAUUGCCCGGCUCAGCACCCAACUAUAAUACAGUUGUGGAUCUGAACACUGGGAAGGCCAUAGUAGCCGGAGCAGGUUUCGACACAUGGACAUUCCGAUAUGGUUUUGACAUAUCCAUGCCCAUAUACAGCGCAACGGCAUCAAAAAUCAACAGUACUCAACCAAAACAGAAGAAAUAUCUCAUAGUAUCCACACAACUUAAUAUCCCUUCAGAUUACCUUGCCGAAUUAAAAGGUAUAGCGUCCGCAUCAAAUGACUUAUUACUACUAGAAGAAUGUGCAGGGCAUGUUGGAGAUGCAACAACAAGAUGUGAAUAUGCAACGGGAAAAGUGUUCAGUUACCCUGAAGUGUUAAAAGACGGUGUGUUUUGUGUUGUUGUGCGGAGUGCAAGACUCGUGCAACCAGCCUUGAUGGAUGUGUUAGCGUCCCAGUGUAUCCCCAUAGUCAUAGCAGACUCUGUAGUCAUGCCAUUCAGUUCGCAUUUAGACUGGCAGAGACUUGCGUUGUUUGUGCCUGAAGAAAACAUUAGAAAUUUACUUAAUAUAGUGCAUUCAGUGAGCACAGAGAGGAGAACAGAAUUGUUCUGGCAGCUCCGAUGGGUGUUUGAAAGAUAUUUUUCCAGUAUACAGAAAAUUGUGUUGACUGCUUUAGAAAUAAUUAGUGAAAAAGUGUUCCCGUUGGCUGCUAGAAUGUAUGAAGACUGGAAUUUACCUGAAUAUUUGUACGGUCCAGUGAACCCCCUCUUCCUGCCCGUGACGGCGCCCAAGGCCCCGGGCUUCACGGCGGUGAUCCUCACUUACGACCGAGUCGAGAGCCUGUUCAAACUCAUCACGCAGCUCGUGAAGACUCCCAGCCUGGCCAAGAUACUGGUGGUGUGGAAUAACCAGAAGAAGUCGCCGCCGCCUUCGAGCGAGUGGCCAGUCAUCAACAAGCCACUGAAAGUGAUUCGGACCAAAGAGAAUAAACUGUCGAAUCGAUUUUUCCCGUACGACGAGAUCGAGACCGAGUGCCAGCUGACGAUCGACGAUGACAUCGUUAUGUUGACCCCUGAUGAGCUGGAGUUUGGUUUCGACGUGUGGCGCGAGUUCCCGUCCCGCAUCGUGGGGUUCCCGUCGCGGCUGCACGUGUGGGACGCCGCCGCCGCCGCCUGGCGCUACCACAGCGAGUGGACCAACCAGAUCUCCAUGGUGCUAACAGGCGCGGCGUUCCACCACAAGCUGUGGUCGUGGUACUACACGUACAAGAUGCCGGCCGAGAUCCGAACCUGGGUCGACGACCACUUCAACUGCGAGGACAUAGCUAUUAACUUCCUAGUCGCUAAUGUUACCAGGCAACCGCCUAUUAAGGUGGCGCCACGUAAGAAGUUCAAGUGUCCCGAAUGCACGAACACCGAGAUGCUGUCAGCCGACGCGCGCCAUAUGACUUUACGAUCAGCCUGUAUAAACUACUUCACUAAGGUCUACGGCCAUCUACCACUGAAGACUGUUGAAUUCAGAGCAGACCCCCUGCAGUAUAAGGAGACUGGAACCGGAGUACCCCACAUGUAUCCGGAUAUCGGCGCUUUGUAGAAGGUAUUUCGAAAUUGGAAUUUCAAAUUCUUUUGUCGAAAAAACAAAACAUAAGAGCGUAAUAAAUAAAGGUUGGAUUUGAUGUUUGUCUAUGGUCGCGAGUUUUGUCUGUGGUCACGUUUGACACAGAGUAAAGAGUUUAGGAUGCGUUCGUAACUUUUACGAAAUAUGUUUUGCGAAUUUGAUUUUAUAUGAUAACUUAAUUGUUUUAUAGGGACGUGAUGAAACGUCUGUAAAAUACUCGAUGGGAUGGCUAUAAUUAUUGAUGAAAUUAUGUAAUAUCUUUAAUAAUUGUGAAAAAUGCACCGCUCACACAUCAUAAGCACAUUGGUGUUUUAAAUUUAAGGAUGGUCAAUUUUGAAUGUGGGUUUUUAAAUGUUCGUAUAGGCAUGAUUUUGCUUGCAAAUUAUUAAGCGUUGAAAGGAAAUAUCUGGGAAUAGUAUUGUUAAGGAAUAUCUGUAUUUAGCUAGACGAAGUAGAUGUGACGUAUGGAACGUAGAUAUGUAUUUAAAUAAGCUUUGGAGGCAAAUAUAUAAACGGUUUUAGGCCAAAAAAUCUGUUAUGAAAUCAAUUUAACACAAUAAUACAUAAUCUGACACAAAG